AUGGGUCAGCACUCAUGCUGUAAUCAGCAAAAGGUAAAGAGAGGAUUAUGGUCACCCGAAGAAGAUGAGAAACUCAUUCGAUACAUCACCACUCAUGGCUAUGGAUGCUGGAGUGAGGUCCCUCAGAAAGCUGGGUUACAAAGAUGCGGAAAAAGUUGCAGAUUGAGAUGGAUCAAUUAUUUGAGACCCGAUAUUAGAAGAGGCAGAUUCUCUCUCGAUGAAGAGAAGCUCAUAAUCAACCUCCAUUCUGCAGUUGGAAACAGAUGGGCGCAUAUUGCGAGUCAUUUGCCGGGCAGAACAGAUAACGAGAUUAAGAAUUAUUGGAAUUCUUGGAUUAAGAAAAAAAUAAGAAAGUCGGCUUCAUCUCAUGAUAUAUUGAAGACUAAUAGUAACCCAAUAUCUACUAACAACACAUGUACUACAAUAUCCACCAACAUUAUUAAUAAACACAUAGAGCUUCCCUUUGGAUCCAAUAAUUACCCAUUGAACCAAAAUGAUCAAAAUCAAGAUCUUGUCACAAAGAUGCAACCUUUCCAAGACACUCUCUUCUCUUCACCUAGUCCCAGCAGCCUGCAGUUCAUGUUUGACACUAGCUCAUUUGAAGGUCUUGUACUUAACCCAGAUGAACGAAUGAACAUUAAUUUUCUAGAAUCAUCUGGAAUAAGCUGCGAGGCGAAUUGGCUUAACCAACAAGAGAUUCAGUAUCUCCCAUCAAAUUCAUUCACAAAUGCUUGCACCUCAAGCUAUUUGCCGCCAUUGGCGGAUCAGGGCUUGGCAUUGGCUGACAUGAAUGCUGAUCAUCAUCAAACACAGAAUUGCAAUGUUGGGUUAAACGAAAGAGAGAUGGGAAUGGAGUGUUUAAAUAGGCAAGAAUUGAAUGAAUGGGUUGAAUCACAGAGCUGUCCUAGUUUGCUAUUUUGGGAGCAAGAGGAAGAGGGAAAGGAAAUUGCACCCACCUCUUCUACCAUGGCUAAUAUUCUCCCUUCUUUUCCUUCUUCCUUGUAA